AUGAUAGACGUAUUUUUACCAAUUCGAUCAUUUUUCAAGUUCGGCAGCGUGUGUACUGAUAAUAAUGUGUUUCGCAUGCACUAUAAAGCUACGGUCAUUAUGUUGCUCGUGUUUAUGCUAUUGGUGACAUCGAAGCAGUUUUUUGGUGAACCUAUUCAUUGCAUGACCCAGGAUAAGUCUGACGAUAACAAAGAAGCUAUCAACAAUUACUGCUGGAUCUAUGGAACCUACACCCUGAAGAGUCGAUUUUUAGGAGUCGAAGGUAGAGACAUGGCCUAUAUUGGUGUAGGGCCUGAAAAGGGCGAGCAAAACGAGCAGUUAAAACAUACAUAUUAUCAAUGGGUAUGCUUUGUUUUACUGGGACAAGCUAUGAUGUUCUAUACACCAAGAUAUCUUUGGAAGAUCUGGGAAGGUGGUCGUUUAAAAGCACUGGCAUCUGAUUUAGCUAGUCCAAUGAUGACCAAAGACUGGUCCGAGUUUCGUCGUGCGGAGAACUUGUAG